GCUAAGUGAUUUGACGGGCUCCCAAUCUGUAACUUGCACAUUGCCAAUGUGCAGCUGGAAGAAGCACCUUAAUCAAACGUACCGCAGUCAUUCACGAUGCUGAGGAAGACCCUGAGGGAACGCCGAGAGUACCUGUUUGCCAAAGCGCAAGAGGAACGACAGGCAACAUCACUUAAGAACGCGCGAAAGCUCAAGGAGGCCUUAAAGGAUAAUAAGCCCAUACCUACCGAGUUACGCAAUCUUAGUGGGACUGUCCACGACUCACUUGACCUGUUAGAUACACACCACAGAGAGGAACAUACCCAUGCAGACGAUGAGUAUGCCUUCGUAGGGAUUAAAACUCCUAAAAUCAUGGUUACCACCUCAAGGGAUCCUUCUUCAAGACUCUCCCAAUUCGCCAAGGAGGUCAGGUUAAUCAUACCUAACUCGGAGCGUAUGAACAGGGGUUCAUACAUUCUGAAGGACCUGGUUACAUUCUGCAAGUCAAAGGACGUUUCUGAUAUAGUACUAUUGUACGAACAUCGUGGUGAGCCUAACGCCAUGAUAAUAUGCCACCUCCCUCAUGGACCCACUGCAUACUUCCAGCUCUCACAGGUGGUACUUAGGCACGACCUCCCUGAGAAACCUCCAACAAUGUCAGAGGCUUACCCACACCUCAUUUUCCACAACUUCUCAUCGCAACUGGGUGAAAGGGUAAAGAACAUUAUAAGGUACAUGUUCCCCCCUGCUAACGAGGAUGAAACACGGGUAUUGUCGUUUGUUAACAAACGGGAUUACAUACACUUCCGCCAUCACGUAUGGACAUCAAACAACCGUGACGGUGAUGAUAAGGAAGUACAGCUUACGGAGGUAGGGCCUCGAUUCAUCAUGCGGCCCUUUAAAAUCGAGUUGGGCACCGUUGAUAUGCGUGAUAUCGAAACCGAAUGGGCAUUACGUCCAUAUUUCAACAGUAUAAAGCUAGCUCUAACGGCAGAGUAGCCCAGAACAAG